GGCGGCGGCGCGAGCCCAGCGCGCGGGCCGCUCCCUCAGCGCGCGCGGCGCCCCUGCUCCGGCCCCGCCGCCAUGUCGGAGGAGAAGCCCAAGGAAGGUGUGAAAACGGAAAACGACCACAUCAACCUGAAAGUAGCGGGGCAGGACGGCUCUGUGGUUCAGUUCAAAAUCAAGCGGCACACCCCGCUGAGCAAGCUGAUGAAGGCCUACUGUGAGCGGCAGGGCUUGUCGAUGAGGCAGAUUAGAUUCAGAUUUGAUGGACAGCCCAUUAGUGAAACAGACACGCCUGCACAGCUGGAGAUGGAGGAUGAAGAUACUAUCGACGUGUUCCAGCAGCAGACAGGUGGAGUGUGUUAAGACAUGCCGUCCUUUUGAGAAGAGGAGUUUUAAAGAUCCUCAUCACACCUCACUCUCAUCUGUCCUUCGAUUUGCUGAUAAACAGAAGAGAAAUGAACAUGCCAAUCACACAGGAUUCUUCUAAACUUUAGAGGACAUUUACCAAAAUUGUAUGUUGUCUUUGACGUACUGCGUGUGCAAGUCAAAACAGUAUCUGCAGGGAUUAAUCUAUAUCUUAAAUUGGGCCAAUUUGAUUUAAGUUCAGAUUAAGUAAUAUGCAUUGUCUCUCUGCUGUUACCUUUUUUGGGGUUUUUCUCUCUUCCUUUUUUUCUUACUUUAAACCUGUGGCCUAAACUUUCAUCCAUGUGUUAGGACAUGAAGUGUUCAUUCCUGGCUUUUAUUGGUCUUGUCCCUCUCUUUAAUUCCAAUCGUGUAAAUAAUUCAUAAUGUUUUCAUUCAAGUUGUGAGUGCAAAAGUUUCCUCUUAAGAGAUGCCUAAGAGAAGAAAGAGAGAUGCUAAUUUGAAGUUUUCAGGCUCCUUCAGAAGCACGAAGCCUAUGACACAAGGCUGGUACUUGGCAAUACAGUAGAGUAGAUUUUUAGGUUAAAACAUUGCAGAUUUCAGUGUGCUUUGUCAUAUUAUGAUAAAGUCUGAAAUACAUGUGUGUUUUUUUUAAUGCUGAAAUGAGGUUUGUCCUUAAUUAUUGUCAGGAAUGGAGUUGGCAAAUCAGCUGGUCCAAAAACUAGUGCUUGUGGUAGAGCAGCAGUAUUUUUUGUUGUGCAGGCUUACAAAGAGAAACCUACCACUGCAACUUCAGCUGUUGGGUUGAAUGCCAAGCAGAAUCUGUCACCUUUCUUCUAUUUCUUAGCUGUACAUCCUCUUUAAUGCUUGUUUUUGAUAAACAGGAUAAAUGAGGUUGAGAACUUGAUGAGCAAGGAAAGAUCAUGUGUGAGCAUAACUGUGUUCAAAAAAGCAAUGAUCUGCUCUACUGCCUUCCAAAACCUUCUGAAUUGUAAACGUGUUGGUGUGACGAGUUUGAGCUCCAUGCAAAGUGAGGUGGUUGUUCCAGAUGGAUUUUUACAAAGGCCACCCUGUUGUCCCUUGAUAGGUUGCCCACUGCUGUUCCCUGGGAUCAUUACCUGCCUUUUAUAUUUACCUGACCCCUUUGACCAUGUUAGAGCUGGAAAUCUUGCUGGAAAAGCUCUUCUUUUCUUCUUAAUUUUCCCGUGGAUCUCAACUGUUUGUUCACUGAUUUGUACAUUUCUUUGUUGUCCUUUACUAUUGUAUACAGUAAAUAUAGUUUGGUACUCUG